ACAGAGCAUAAAGAAGGCCUCGAAACAUACUAACCCAAUAUCAUGGCUCUCUCUUUAUAGCUCUUAGUCUCUCUCUCUCUCUCUUUCUCACCACCGAUUUCUUCGUCGCUUUGUUUCUUUCUCCAUCCCAAGAAAAACAACCCUUCCAAGCAGAAGACAAAAACACAGACCAGUUACAAGUCACUUUGUUAUCUCUACCCAUUUAUAUUAUCUUAAAUUCCUCCACAAAGAAACAACUCUUGCCACUGCUUUUAUCUAUCUUCUCCAUCGGCAACACCUUGCGGAAGAUAAAAAGGAUCGAUUCUUCAAUCAAGACCAGAAAAAAAAAGAGCACGUACGUCACGUUAGACUCUGUAUAUCCUGUGCUGUGUCCCAUUCGGUACGCAAGCCUCAAAAUAUACAUACUCCUUCAUUUUUUCUUCUUCUCUUUAUGGCGGAAAUCCCCAAGUUGGAUUUGUCAUCUUCUUGUUUUGACAAUGGAGAGCCUUUGGAUUCGGAACAGAAGAGCCAGAAAAUUUUUGUUUCGGAUCACAUAAACGCAUUUCAAUACGCAGACGAGAAAGCCGAUAGCUUUGUGAUUGACAUGGAUGCCUUCUCUUCCGGCCACAACAAAGAUGCCACCAAUGCUAAUUCGAGAAUUACGUUGCAGAGGAGUCUUUCCAGGAAGGGAUCUCAGCGUCUGGGUGACUGGAAGCUGAAUAACAAUGCUACACUUUAUGAUAAGGAUACCGUUCCCGCCAUAUGCUCUCCAAAAGGUACACUUGUUGGGCCUUUCACGCCCGAAAAGCCAGCGGGGAUGGCAGUAGGGCCCAUGGGUCAUUCCAUGAACCCACACGUCCAUAAUCUAACAGCCGACAACAUCCCCACAGAGAGCAAAUGUAGUAUAACUCGGAGAAAUAGUUUUAGACGACCUUCUUCAUGGGCCAUUGAUCCUAAAAGGGUUCUCCUUUUCUUUGCCACCUUGUCAAGCAUGGGAACAAUGUUGCUGAUAUACUUCACUCUGACAAUCAGUAAGCAAAGUGCAGAAGAAUAUGGAGGGUGAUUGGAAGCAUUGACUGAAGGUUUUGGAUUAUGAUAACAAAAAAAGAAAAGAAAAAGGACAUGCAUUAAUUCUGGAGCAAAACUUACAAGUUAAUUAGAAGAAGACAACCCUGCAGCAGGAGUAGCAAAGCAAAAGCUAACCAAAUUUCCGCCAGCCUGAUGUCAAAAUCAGUUAAAAUCAUCUCUUUGGCAACUGCAAGAGGUAAAUACAAAGACACAAUGUAGUACUAUGACAGAGAUCAGGAAGAAAUCUUCCAUUAUGUUUUUUUUUUUUUUCAUGUAAAUGGAAGAAAAACAAACGAUCACAUGGAGGACAUUGCCCUUUAGUUUAUAUGUUGCGUGAUCGCAGGGUUUAGUGGAGGAUGGAUCAUAAAUCACCUUUUGCUAUUUCUGAUCGUUGAUCCUUAUCUUUUUGUUGUGCUUUGCUCGUACAUGCAAUCUAAAAGUAAGUGAACUUUUA